AUGGAAUGCAAUUGGAAUAGCACGGAUAAAAUAUGGAGUUGUCCGGCUCGCAGCACCAUGUACAGCCCCAAUACAUCUGUGGGUCGGAUCAUUUUCAAUACAAUGAGAAACUGGCCAAAGAAUGUGUGUCAGAUCUCAGAUACCGAUGGUGUGACCCUAACCAGUGAACAGGCCCUCACCUGGGCCAUUCGCAUGGCGCAGCACUUCAAGAAACGCGGCCUUGACCACUCGAGUGUCAUAGGCAUUGCAGCCAGAAAUACCACCUACAUACUGCCAUUGGGCGUAGCAUGUCUUUUGAAUGCCACUCCAUUCCAUUCAAUCAAUCCGAUACUCGACGAAGAGACUAUGAAGUUCAUGUAUGAGAUAACCAAGCCGGCGCUUAUAUUCUGUGACAAACAGGAAUAUACGAAGGUAUAUGCGGCGACCAAGGACUGGCAGCCCGAGAUAUUUAUCAUAGACGAACCAAUAGACGGUGUGCCCAAUAUACGAAGUCUAUUGGAAUUUACCACAACCGAAAAGUUCUAUCAACCGGAGCCUCUUAAGUCUAGUGAUCAAACUGUGGCCAUUCUAUGCUCAUCCGGCACCACCGGAAUGCCCAAGGCGGUGUGCAUAUCAAAUAGUGUACUAUUAACGGAUAAUAUGCUUGUCAACAGCGAAUCGAUUUUCUUUAUUAAUAGCGGCCUGGAUUGGAUAACCGGGCUGUGGGCCUUUAUGUUUAGCGCCGUAUUUGGCAGCACGCGUAUUUUAACAACGAAGCCCUUUUCGCCGGAGUAUUUUAUUGAGUUGGUUAAGAAAUAUAAGAUCAAUUAUGUAACUAUGGCACCUGUCCAUUUGGCCGCCUUGGUCGCAAGUCCAGCUGCCACGCCCUAUGCACUAUCCUCGCUGCACAAUGUUAAUUAUGGCGGUGGCAUCGCCUCGGAUGCGACACUGAAACGUAUCCAGCUAUUGUGCAAAAAUGCCACGCUUAACUCGGCCUACGCCAUGACGGAGGUGGGACUGAUUACUAUGAAUUUUGGUAUUCAGAAUACGGCCACGGCCGGUAGGCCUAUACCAGGCAUAAGCAUACGCAUUGUGGAUGAGAAUGGCAAGAACCUGGGUCACAAUGAGGUGGGUGAGAUAUAUGUGCACACCGGCAAGGACUGGAAUGGCUACUAUGGCAAUCCGGUUGCCACACGGCAGAUACGUGAUUUUCAAGGUUGGAUACACUCCGGCGACUUGGGCUACUUUGACGAUCAGAACUAUCUGUAUAUAGUUGAUCGCAAGAAGGAAGUUCUUAAGUAUCAGGGCAUACACUACUGGCCCACCGAAAUCGAGAAUGCCAUCAGAGAGUUGCCGCAGGUGCGCGACGUUUGCGUUGUGGGCGUGCCCCAUGAACUAUUGGGCGAUGCUGCCGGCGCCCUGGUGAUUAAAACUCCUGGCUGCACAAUAAGCCCCACUGAAAUUGCGAAUCAUGUCGCAAAACGCCUGCCGUCCAUAAAUAAGCAGCUGCACGCCGGCGUCAAAUUCACCGACAAGCUACCCAUUAAUCCCAAUGGCAAGGCCAUGCGAAAGGCGGCCCUCGAGCUCUUUGUGUCACUUGCUGCCGAGAAGUAA